AUGCCACCUGUUGCAGGAUACCUCAACUGUCUGACCGGACCCUCCUCACUCUUCCUCCAGGGGGAGCUCCUGAGCCCCUGCCGCUGCGACGGCUCAGUGCGCUGCACACACCAGCCCUGCCUCAUUCGCUGGAUCAGUGAGAGGGGCUCCUGGAGCUGUGAGCUCUGCUACUUCAAGUACCAGGUCCUGGCAAUCAGCACCAAGAACCCACUGCAGUGGCAGGCCAUCUCCCUGACGGUCAUCGAGAAGGUCCAGAUUGCAGCCAUAGUUCUGGGCUCUCUCUUCCUCGUUGCCAGCAUCUCCUGGCUCAUCUGGUCCUCACUCAGCCCUUCAGCCAAGUGGCAACGGCAAGAUCUGCUCUUUCAGAUCUGCUACGGCAUGUAUGGCUUCAUGGAUGUCGUCUGCAUAGGCCUUAUCGUGCAUGAAGGCUCCUCUGUCUACCGCAUCUUCAAGCGCUGGCAGGCAGUGAACCAGCAGUGGAAGGUCCUGAAUUAUGACAAGACCAAGGACAUAGGAGGAGACACAGGGGGAGGGACGGCAGGGAAGCCGGGCCCCAGGACCUCAAGGACGGGCCCCCCCUCUGGGGCCACCAGCCGCCCCCCGGCUGCCCAGCGCAUGCGGACGCUCUUGCCUCAGCGCUGUGGUUACACAAUCCUGCACCUCCUUGGACAGCUGCGGCCGCCAGAUGCCCGUUCCAGUUCCCAUUCUGGCCGAGAGGUUGUCAUGAGGGUCACCACGGUCUGAAAUUGAACUCCAGGAGCGGGGAUCUUGCAUCAGUGCAUCGGCCAGAGAUAAGCUGUCAUGGCUGCUGGAGGUACCACCUGGACAAGGUGCUUGGGGUGCACUGCCCCCACCACUGAGGAUCUCUGUGGGCAGCCUCAAGCUGGAGACAUUGUCUGGCCUCUACUGCCCCUUGGGUAGAGACACCUGGAUGACAUACCAGCCCCCACUGAUAGUUCCUCACGCUUAUCCUGGGGCAACCAGUGGGCAGGUGGGAAGAGCAUCUUUUCUUCCCUAGAGAACCGUCCUUACCUCAGCUCCUAGGGCCUCCAGCCCCCCCAGCUCCACCAUAGUGACUUGGUGAAGGGGGACCAAUGCCAGAAGAAAGGGGUUGUAGACGCCCCAUUCCCCACCCCAUGGCCACAGGGCAGCUGGCAAUAAGACUAGUAUACAUUGACCUUCCGUUCCCUGCAUGAGGGCGGGAGGGACCUCCCCCUGCUCCACCCCCCAUUGCAUGGGGGGAGGGCAUAAAGAAUCAUUUAUAUGCACGUGGAGACUCCUUUCUCAUCUGGGGCUUUUCUGGAGGGUUGGGAGGUGUGGGGAGGUUUCUCUGCAGAGGUUGUGAAUCCCCAGUGCAACAGUGGGUUCUGAGUUGGAGCUGUAACUCCCACUUGUUGGUGAAUAAUUCACAUUGGCUGCUAGGUGGCAGUGCUCAGAGGGACCUAAGGGGUGGGCCUGCCACCUGCAAGUUGUAUGAUCCAGAAAAAAAAUCUCUCCGCCGUGGUUUUCCUGUCUACCUCAUAGGGUUGGAAUGAGGAUAAAUGAGGGACAGGUUGAAUGCCAUCACAAAGAAAAUUAGUGAUGGCAUAAAAAGAUUUCUAGACUAGCUGAUGGUCCAUUUAUUUCAAAUAGUAGCUGGUUAACAAAUUCCAAAAUGUGUUUUUUCAUCUGGGGUUGCACAGAGCCUUGGAAAUACGUGUCGAGUGUCAUAAUAGAUACGGAAAUAUGAGGGGAAAUAGAUACGCAAGUGUGAAGGAUGGUGGUUAUUUGCAAGAAUGAGAGCUCCCCAACCCCCUAAACAUUGGGGACUGGGGAAGGAUGGAGCUGUCCUUCUUCUUCUGGGGAUCUUGUGGGUUCUAUUGGUCCUUCCCAGGUAAUGUGCUCACCCAGAGAAGUGGCGUGAAAUGAAUUUGGACUCAUUUGGAGUGAGACAGACAGAAUGUCCCAAUGUUAUGAAUCUCCAACCCCAGCUUAAGCUAUUCCUAUGGAAGUUCAGGGUCACAGGUCUGAUCCCGUGCCCCAGCUAGUGGUAUUAACUGGAAGGUAUUGCGCUUGGAGGCAGCAGCAUAGAGAGCUGUUGUUUAUAGAGAAAAGGUUUGGGAAGGACUGGUUAAAAUGUGGGUCAGCCUGAGGCCUCCUCCCUUUCUCCUGAGGCCUUGGGGCUGUGUAUUAUAUGAAUGAUGGUGUCUUUUAAGUGAACUAUUCAUCAGCAAUUAAAAUAAUUACUUCAUACAUUGUUAAGUCA